GUACAGGAAAGUUGUUUCUAAUGUGUGUGAAGGUGGUGUAGACCUGCAGCAGAACUUAGCACAGCAUAUGUGUCCCUUGAUUGCUCCCAAGGGACUUCAGAUCAGCAUCAGAGAAGAAAGCCUGGCUGUUAAGCCUGGGGAAGACAUCACCUUCAUCGUCAGACAAGAGCAGGGUGAUGUAUUGAAUACCAAAUACCAGGUAGAUCUUGGAGAUGGCUUUAAAGCGAUAUAUGUGAACCUUACGAUGACUGGAGAACCCAUCCGUCACCGCUAUGAGAAUCCUGGGAUUUACCGUGUCUCGGUGAAGGCUGAGAAUGUGGCUGGGCAUGAUGAGGCUGUGGUGUUCGUCCAAGUCAACUCUCCACUGCAGGCUCUAAAUUUAGAAGCGGUUCCAGUUGUUGGGAGAAACCAGGAGGUGAAUCUGACAGCCAUCAUACUGCCCAAGAACCCUAAUUUGACAGUCUUCUACUGGUGGAUAGGAAACAAUCUUCAGCCACUCCUUACAUUGGACAAUUUUCUGGUGACAAAGUUUGCUGAGACAGGUGACGUCAGAGUUACAGUGCAGGCUUCCUGUGGGAGCUCCAUGCUUCAGGACUCAAAAGUUGUCCACGUUUUCGAUAAUUUUCAUGUUCUUCCUCUGAAGUUUACUAAACACCUGGACAUGUACAACCCCGACAUAGCGGAGUGGAGGGAAGACAUAGGGCGAGUAGUAACACGACUUCUUGCAAAGGAAACGAAUAUACCUGAAGAAACGCUCAUCACAGUCGUGAAACCUGGUCUGCCCACAACUGCUGACUUGCACGUGCUACUACCAGCUAACCAACCAAAAAGGAAGAGAAGUGUAACUAGUGAUAAGAGAAUAGCGGCUAUAAAGCAGGCCUUGAACGCACACAACAUCAGCUUCUUUCUGAGGGGAGGAUACUGGGUCUUAGUGACUUUAGCUGACUCCGAUUCAGACUCUCAGAGGAUUGGAGGAAGCAGUGGUUACUGGGCUAUUGUGGUUCUCUUUGUUAUCUGUCUAGUCGCAGUUGGGGCUUUCAUCCUCUACAAGUUCAAAAGGCAA